AUGGAUUACCCAGGAUUUUCUAUAUUUCCCAUCCCGGCCUCAAUUCGGCGACGAUUGCCCCGCCUAUAUUUGUCUCGGGCCGUGAUCAAGUCGGAGACAACCGGGGAUCCGCGCCGCGGACUGGCAUCCACAUCUGAACCUCAGCUGUGUUACACCAAAUUUCCACUGGGUCCCGAGGUCCAACGACCCUCAACAGCAAGCGAUGACCAAGAUUUCGAUUCUAGGUCCAGAGGAUCGGACAGUACAGCCGAGGAAAUGGGAUCUCCAACGAAAUAUGAGGCCGAGUCUGGGUUGCGAUGGAACAGAGUAGUACCCGCGUUCAACCUCCUUCGUAAUGCGGGAUACGAAGCACAGCAGCCGCAUGCUGAUGGCCGACUGGCGCGGUCUCUCUAUGUUAACGCAUUGGUUUACCUGCUCGAUGCUUUGCCUCCGGACCUUACUGGCGAGGAAACGUCCAUGCUUCGGCAUCACAUCCCAGAGUCUGUUAAGGCGACAUUAACCACAUACCCGCAACCGCCCAGGUAUCUGCAACCCAAAUCAAGUCCCGUUUCCAGGUCUUACCUGCAUAAGGUGCUUGCUUCGACAAUCCUGCAGUUGUUCAUCUUUGUUCGAUUUAUUUUACCAUAUGCCAAGCUGCUAUUGCGGCAGGUUUAUGAGUACGAGCGAACACAUCGCAUCACUGAGCGUAUCUUGACCACAACUCUGGAUGCCGCGGACGGCCUGGGAAAGGGUAGUGUGAAUAUCGGUGCUGCUGUUUGCAAGUUGAAUGAAGGGCGGGUUGGCGCUGCAUUGUCCAACUUUGCAGUUUGGUGGAUGGAAGGAGUGGCUGGUGGUAUAUAUGAGGGUGUCGGUGAAGGGAUGAUGCAUCUGGGUAUAAUGGGACAGGAGGCAGAGCUUGAUAGAUUUCCUGUGCAAUCAAUGAAUAGAUAA